UGUAUACACACCUGCCUUCGACAUUCGACUAUCACAAACCACUUCAGGUAAAUGUUGGUGCACAAAAGUCUAAACGAUCACUUUUGUUUUUGUCCGACAUCUUAUCGAGGCAGCAGUGGUAGCAGCUGUUCAAGUUUCACCCUGCAGUCCAAGGACAACAAGAAGGAAGAUGCUGACAUGUGUGAGUGAAGUAGGGAGCAGACAAAGCAGGUACUAGUGGAAAGAGUGGUCCUUGGAGAAGCCACCAUGCAAUCUGAGGUACAGAGGAGACGCUUCAGGCAGAGACUGAUGUUGAAGAGCAGUUUGGCUAAAGAAAUACUCUCCGAGUUCUUGGGCACAUGUAUAAUGAUCGUUCUCGGAUGUGGCUCUAUUGCCCAAUCCGUCCUCAGUCGCGGAACUUAUGGAGGAACCCUCGCUGUGAAUGUUGGCUUUUCAGUAGCAGUCGGAAUGGCCGUUUAUGUGGCUGGGGGUGUCUCUGGUGGCCACAUCAACCCUGCUGUGUCUUUUGCAAUGUGUCUCUUUGGACGGAUGAAAUGGUUCAAAUUUCCUUUCUAUGUGGGAGCCCAGCUUUUCGGAGCCUUCACAGGGUCCGCAAUCCUCUUUGGUGUUUACUAUGAUUCAUUUAUGUCCUUUGCUGAUGGAGAACUGUACAUCGUGGGAGAAAAUGCAACAGCACAGAUUUUUGCAACAUACCCAGCUCCGUAUCUGUCUCUGGUAAAUGGGUUUGCAGACCAAGUAGUGUCCACCAUGUUCCUCCUCAUGGUUAUCUUUGCCAUCUUUGACUCCAGAAACUGGAGCGUCCCCAGAGGCCUAGAGCCCGUUGUCAUCGCCCUCCUGAUUUUGGUCCUUACUACCUCUUUGGAACUGAACUGUGGUUGUGCCAUGAAUCCAGCUCGAGACCUAGGUCCCAGGCUUUUCACUGCUUUGGCGGGAUGGGGGUUUGAUGUCUUCAAAGCUGGAAAUUACUUCUGGUGGAUUCCUAUCGUGGGCCCUAUGGUUGGUGCUGCCAUGGGAGGCCUCAUCUACGUUCUUUUCAUUGAAAUCCACCAUCCAAACCUGAAUCCAGACUUUGAGGCAGAACAACCGAGGACAAACUAG